UUGUGGUAAUUGACGUGUUGGAAAGAUUUUGUUUUAAUUUUUUACAAAAGGGGGGCAUUUUAUUCUUUUACCAAAUUUGUCGAAACAUCACGCUGACGAAACCCGAUCUGAUGGAGCAUCUUUGGGAGACUCAUGGCCGCCGAUUGAGUGAGGCCGGUUUGAGACGAGGAUCAGAUAAUAGCGUGGUUCUGACGGAAGACACAGACAGCUUUAUAAUAGGUGAUCGAGUAUGGGUCGGUGGUACAAAACCUGGACAAAUCGCAUAUAUUGGCGAAACCCAGUUUGCUCCAGGCGAUUGGGCUGGCAUAGUACUCGACGAGCCUAUCGGGAAAAAUGAUGGUUCAGUUGCUGGUUCUCGCUAUUUCCAAUGCGAGCCCAAACGGGGUAUUUUUUCGCGUCUUUCUAGACUCACCAGGCAACCCUUGGCAGAUGUAGCCAAUAUGUCUCCGAAUUCACCAACUGAAAGUACAAGAUGCUCCCUCAACAAAUCCGUGUCUCCUUCGCUAAACACGUCGACUACAAGCCUUUCGUCGGUAUCUCACAAAGAACUCCGGAUAGGGGAACGAGUAAUAGUUUCCUCUAGCCAAGGAAGUAAAACAGGAGUUCUUAGGUUCCUGGGUACCACUGAGUUCGCACCUGGAGAAUGGUGCGGAGUUGAACUGGAUGAACCUCAAGGAAAAAACGAUGGAUCUGUUAACGAAACGAGGUAUUUUGAAUGCCAUCCUAAGCACGGCCUUUUUGCACCCGUACACAAAGUAAGUCGAUCGCCGUCAAACAAGAGAUCAAUGUGCAUGGUGCACAGGCCGACUGGGGCCGCUUUGAACUCUUCUUUAAGAAAGAUGGGUUCUCGGGAGUCCCUUGUCUCCGUCUCCAGUAUAGCCAGUACAUCUGCUAGUAUUGCCGGAAGAAGUGUUACCUCUACAUCCAGGAGGACAUCUGUGCUCACCUCGACGCCUGCUGGAAGGUCAAUGCAGGACAUACUAAAAGACAAGCAGCAGGAGAUUGAGACUCUUCGUAAAGAGAGAAAUUUGGAACGAGAGAGAGUUACAAAAGCUGCUAGUCAGGCAGAUCAGGCCGAGCAAUCUGCAAUAACCCUUAAAAAAGAAUAUGAUAAGUUUCGUCAAGAUAUGGAAAAAACUGUGCAAGAUUCGGAAAGUGCACUUGCCAUAUUGCUCGAUGAAAAAAAAAACCUUGGAAUGCAAUUGGAAGAGGAGAAAAGAAGAUGCGAAGAUCUUCUUUUUCGCUUCGAGGAAGAGUCUAUUUACAAAGAUGACAUUCAGAAACAGAAAAGUGAACAAAGUGUGAUAAAUGUAUUGAAUGAGAACAAAAUCAAGGAAAUUGAGAAGCAACUUUCAGAAGAAAGGGAGCGAGUUGUUCUACUUGAGAAAGAAAGUACAAAAUUGUUCGAAGCAGAAGAAGAGUUGGCACGACUUCGUGUGGAACUUCAAACGAUUCAAGAAAAAAAUCAAUCAAAAGACUUAAUAGAACACACUAAAAACUUGGAAGUUGAAAAAACUAAACUUGUGAAGCAAAUGGAAGAAAAGGACGUUGCAGUACAACGUUUUGUCGAAGAAAUGAACGAUCUCAAAGAACAGUUAAAUCGGAAAGAACAAGAAAGCCCUUCUCAAAAGGAUUCAGAAACAUGUUGGCAAAGAGUUGCAGAAGAAGCAAAACGUGUACUGCAAGAGAAGUGUGACAUCAUUGAUAAAAUGGAAAAGGAAUUUGCUCUUAACGCAGACACUUUAACUAAAGAAAUACAGCGACUAAAAAAAGUAAUCGAAUCUAUCACUAACCAGACUGCCAAAGAAAAAAAUGAUUUAAUCACAAAAUAUCAGAAAGCACUCAAGGAGAAAGAAAACGUAAUAUCUUCGAAAACUGAUGAAUUAUCUUCCGAAUUAGAAAAGCAAUUGGGUUCUCAGAAAGUAGCUUUGCAACAGCUUAAAGAUGAUAAUGUUAAACAUAUCAAUCAAUUAUCAGCUUCGUUUAAGGAGCAGUUAACUGAGAAGGAAAACCAUAUCCAAAGAAUCUCUUCUCAGCUGGAACAAAAAAUCGCUGAGACGGAUAAAUUGAUUAUUGAUGUGAAUGCUUUACAAAAUUCACAUAAGGGCGCUGAUGAAGAAAUUAGGAAGCUCUCAACCCAUAUUGAAGAACUAAAUACCAAAUUGAAAUUAACCGAGGAAAAUAAUAGUGUACUUAAUAUUAAAGUAAAAGAGCUACAUGUGACAUCGAAAGAGAGUAACACCAGAAUUCUUAAAGAGAAGUUUGAAUUGGAACAAAAAGUGGCUACAUUAUCUGCUAAAUUAGAAAACAGCAUAUUACAAUUAAACAAAUUAGACGAAGGCUUGAAAGCAAAAGAGACUGAAUUAGCGCAACUUCGAUGUGACAAAUCUGCAGAAAUAGAAGAAAUAACAAGUAAUCUACAGGGUCAAAUUGAGAAUAAGUGUAAAUAUAUACAAGAUAUGAGUGCUGAUGCUACUCAAAAGAGCUUAAGACUUACUAAUCUUGAGAAGGCAGUUGCCGAUCUUAAAAGUAGAAUAGUGAAUAAGGACGAAGAAAUAAAAAGUCUGUUAGAAAAAAUUUCAGAACUACAGGAUUCACUCACAUUGUCAGAACAAACUAAAUUUAAUCUCGAAAGUGAGCUCGGAAUAUAUGAAACUAAUGUGCAAGAUCUGAACCAUAAGUUAACACGAGAUGAAGGAGAAAUCUGUCAACUUACGGAGCAAAAGAAAAAAUUGGAAGAAGAAAUAUCCAAUAUAAUAAGUACAUCGGCAGACUCUUCAGAUCAGCUUACAGAGUACAACGAGGAUCUUCGCAACAAGGAAAAAGAACUGGACGUAUCACGAGACAAAAUAUUUAGCUUAGAAAAGUCAUUAUCCGCAACAGAAGCGAAAUUACAAGCCUUUGAUCAGAAUCUAGUUAAAACUUAUUCACUUGUCGAGAAGCUGAAAGCAAAAAACAAAAUUGUAAACUCCCAAAUGGAAGUUGAAAAGAACGAACUACAGUCUCUAUCAGGUCAGCUUAUUGAGUUCAAAAAAAGAGAAAAAGAGCAUCUCGAGGUCAUUAAGAAAAAUGAAAACGUUGAAAAAACUUUAAUACAGAAAGCUACUGAACUGAAUCAAUUAGCAGAAGCAUUAAAGAAAGCUGAGCAAGAUGACGCUCAACUGAAUGAAAAAAUGAUCACCUUAGAUAAUCAAUACAGAUAUGAGAAGCUGCAGCUUAAAAAGUCCGCUGACGAGGUAGAAUUAAGGCUCGUGGCCUCUGAAGAAAGAUUAAAGGUCGUAGAAUCCAUGAAAAAUCAACUAGAAGUGGAACAAAAUAUAAACAAAGAAGCUAUCAAAGAAUUACAUGAGAAACUGGAUUUGGAAGGAAAUUCACGAUCUCGUAUUGAAGCCGAAAUUGAAGCAAAACAGUUUAAAAUCGAUCAGAUGGAUAAUCAGAUUACAGAAUUGCGGAAAGAAAAAGAUGGGAUAAAUGCAUCAUUCAAAGCAGCUAACUUGAAGUAUGGUGAGACUCUCACUGAGUUGAUACUAUUGAAAUCGACCUAUUCGAAUACCACUUCAGAAACUUCGCUAGAACUUGCUAACGUAAAAAAACAACUAAUAAAUGCUGAAUCUGUUAAGGAUCAACUAGAAAAUUCGCUCAGUGAAUUGAACGCUGCAGUAAAUGAAUCAAGAAAUCAGUUAACUACAGUUACACAAAAUGCAAAACUAAUAGAGGAUAAAUUACGGGAAACCGAAAUUGUAGUUGAGGGAAAGAACGCGCAAAUUUUGAAGCUAGAAAAAGCUGUUGAAGGUUUGAAAGAAGAGAAAAAAUCAACGAAACAAGAACUUUCCGGUUUGCAACAAAACUUGAGUUCAAAAGAGCAAGAAGUAAUAAAUGAAGUUUCUGCAUUGAAGGAUAUUCAAAAAACGUCGGAGGAGAAAUUCACAAGUAAUCAAGUGGAGCUGAAAGCAAAACAAGAUCUUGUAAAGGAACUGGAGUGUACAAUCAAACAGAUGAAAAAAUCGAAGGAGUCUGCUCAUAUUUCGAAUGCUGCUUUCGGAUCAGAAAUCAAACAAAAAUCUUCGGAGAUGGAAGCAAGCCUUCGAAAGAACAAUGAGUUACAAGAGAGUAAGGAGCUGCUCGAAGCACUAGUAGAAAAGCAAAAAAAUGAAUUGAAUUUAAUGGAAACUCUCGUUGCUGAUCUGCAAACGAAACUUACUUCGUUGGAAGCAUCACAAACUCAAAAGUCAAAAUUAGAUCAAGAUCUAAAAAAUAAGGAAAUCAAAACGAAACAAAGUGAGAUAGACGAAGUAAGAAAAGAGAAUAAGAACAUGCAAACGGCGAAAAACAAUCUCGAGAAGAUCCUGAUGGAAACAGAGGAAAAGUUGGAAGUUUUGUCAAAUUCAGUGGAAUCCAAAGAGAAAGAGACAGAUAAAAAUGCACAGAACCUGGUAGAAAAGGUGAACUUAAUAUGUCAAGAAUGCUCGCAUCUGAAGGAAUCUCGAAGUCGUUUAGAACAAGAAAAUAAACAACUUAUGGACAAAUAUGCUAAAUCCACCGAAAGUUUGCAUCUAAUGAAUGUAAGCGCGAAAAAUAAGGGCAACGUCGAAAUGAAUGCAAAUACUAUUUCGAUUCAAGCAGCAGGCGAGGCAAAAGAGAAUACAAUGAGUCCAGAAUCAGAUUACAAGAAACUUUUGGAAGAAAAUGAAAUGGUCAAAGGUCAAAUUGAUUUCUUGAACUCUGUAAUAGUAGAUAUGCAGCGAAAGAAUGAAACUUUACUAUGCAAAAUUGAACUUCUAGAAUUGGGAAUGCCAGUCAAUGAGGCCGAUGACUAUAAUCGAAGUACCUUGGAAAAAAGACACGCUCCUCCUCGAAUGUUUUGUGACAUUUGUGACCAGUUUGAUUUACAUGAAACUGAAGAUUGUCCUCGUCAAUCUCAAGAAUAUCAACCAGAGCCGAAAAUUUCGAGACCUGAAAAGAAACCCCGAGUCGAGAGAGCGUAUUGCGAAAAUUGUGAAGUUUUUGGACAUGAUACCCAAUCAUGCGACGAUGCUGAAACAUUCUAAUGCUUCCUGCAGUCUGUUACACGUACUACUCUUGCCAAAAGGAGAAACGAAAGAAUAAUUGUUCAUUUUUCAGAGUAUAUUUUUCUACGCAUAACGAUUCAGGCUAAUGUUCAUUUUCCUAGAAUGAUUUUAGUUUUGAUUGAAAAACCGGCGGCUUCACAAACUUUUCAAGUAAGGUUUUGUAAAGAUACACUGCCUGUUACACUGUUUUUGAUCACCUCUUUUUUAUGACUGAUUAAGUUUUCCUUAUUUUAAUUAUGUCAGAGCUAAAAAGUUUAUUUUCAAAGCGUUGAAUCAUGUCAAAAUUCGGUAUAAAAUGAACCCAUAAUAAAGCCAAUUCGUCUAUUUUUUAAUUAGAUAUUGAAAGAAUAGUGUAUAUUUCAAAGUAUUCUUAAAUGUUCAAUAACUUCCGAAAUAAUCAACUCUAUGAUUAUAUGUACCAUAUAUUUUACUAAAACGUUUUUGUUACCAACAAGAAUAUAGCAAUCAUAGGGAUGCUCUUAAGACGUAUAAUUUCAGUACGAAAGAUGUCCGGAGAACGUCCUGUGUUUUUAAGACGUCUUAGAGACGUUGAUUUGACUGACAUUAGACAUCCAAGGAACAUCCCAAGAACGUUCUUAGUAUUUUCAUGGUUUUGUGUCCACUGGGUAUACAAUAAAUGUUUGAUUCAAUCCAGCACGUGUGUAAAAUUAACUUAAACCGAUAUACAAUAGAAACUUAGCAAUUGGAAGAUUGUAGUAGAUACUCUGCACAUUGUAAUUAUGUAUAUGUUUUCUCAUACGGUUUAACCGAUACCCCAUAUUUAUUAUUUUAAUCAUGUGCGUCGUUAAGCGCUUCCAAAGUUGAAUUGUUGAGUACUUUGAAUAAAGAUUCAUCGAAACUGUAA